CGCCUUUUUACUGAUAAAGAGGUCAAAUAUUGUUUAUCAGUGUAUUCAAUCACACUGAAAUCUGAGGCAUGAUCACUAUAGAAGAGCUGGUCCACAGUUUGAUGGUGAACCUUAUAGUGUCUCCAGCCGUUUAAUUAUUCUGAUAAUAUUUGCCUUGGUGUUUUCCUGCAACUAGUGACCUUUGACUUGCCUAAUAAUACACAUUAGUUCAAAAAAACUCAGCAGUGCAUCAAUGAAGUCAUGGUUAUUGCUACAGUUUCUGGGACAGUGAUCUCAUCUAUUGUCUUACUUUUCAUUUCAAUCAAGUACAGGAGUAAAAUGGCAUCACUUAUUACUUGGCUGGUGGAUAAGGUGCUUCUAGGCCCCAAGGAUAAUAAGGAAACCCAGGAGGAGACUGUUGAAAGUAAAUCAAACUCAGUCCCAGAAAAAUCCAAGGCUAAGGGCAGUAAAGUACGUCAGAGAACCAGAAGGCAACAUGAAGAUCCUACAUUCAGCACCAAUUUAUCCACACCCAUAGAAGACAUUAUUGAAGAAAGUAUCACAGAAGAAUACAACACAGAUUCAUCAAAGAAAAAAGGAAAACAUAAAAAAAAAACAGGAAGUAGUGAGGGCAAGGAGUUGAAAAAGCAUAACAAAAAAUAUUCACAAGAUGACAUUGGCUAUUCAUUCUUUCCAGUUAAAAAAAUAGAUGUCCCAAGAAGUGAAAAAAAUCACAAAAUAAAAAAUAUUUCACAUGAGAUAGAGGAGAAGUCUCUAUCAGAUGAGGUAGGAUUUUCUUUUUUGCCUGUGAAAGAGAAAGGUAAAAAAUACACAAAACUUACAGAAAAUAAGGACAGUAAAGACACAUUCAAUACAAUUAUUGCUGAACACACUGUACCAAAAACAAAGGAAGAUCUAUCUAGGCCCUCUAUAAUUGAUCACUAUAAAAAAAGAUCUGGAUUAAUAACAGCUGCUGGAAGAGUUUCAAAGAAAAUCACCAAUAAAUCAGAUGUGCCACAAAUAUUUUAUGACAGUAGUAAGCUUGAUAUCCAUUUAGACACUACUAAUAGGGCAGAGUAUAAGGAGACUAAGAAAGUUACUGCUUCCAUUUCAUAUGCAAGUGUAGUGACUAAUAAGUUAUCUGGAGAAUUUCCAUCAGAUAAAGAAUCUUUGAAUGAUUUUGAAAUUGUGGCUAAUUUAGACACAGAUAAUAAGGAAGAAAGUGGCCCAACUUCCAUAGAAAUCUUGAAAGGCAACAAAGAUGUGUUGUGUCUAGAGAAAACACAAGAAACAGAAGAAUAUAUUGAAACAAAUCCUGAAAGUAAUUCCAGUUCUAUAGAAAUUAUAAAUGAUACUAUUCUUGACCAAUAUAAUGCAAAAUUCUCAGAUGAGAACUUGGAACAAUCAUUUGGAGAAUGUGGUUUAGAUUAUACCCAAUUAGGCCAUAUUGAAGACAAUUCUCAUUCAAAAGACUCCUCAAUUUGUAUCUUGGAUACUCAAACAGAGUUUGAAUGCAUAGAUGAUCUUCCUCAAAACAUUCAAGUUGAACAAUCUGAUAUAGAUCCUUCUGAUCAAAUACAACAAAAAGGUAUUCUUCAAUCUAUCAAUCUACUUGAGGACAGUUACCAGAGAAAAUCUUCCACAGUAAACAGUACUGCACCUUCAAUUUCUGAGUCUUUGAAUGAAUUUAUCAAAUUUGAACGCCAAACUGAAAAGAACAAUAGACAAGAGAGUGAAACUGGAGUGUCUUCAGUAGAAUUCAAUUUGUCUCAAACACAGACAACUGAAGAAUUUCAGUAUAAUGAUAUCAAUAAUAUAGUAACAGAAGGAGGAUUCAGCUCUCCCCAAAUUCAUAGUAGUUUCUCAGAAGAACCAUUUACAGGAAAACAUUCCGAUAUUUUCAAUUUCUCAGAGAUUGUUCCUGAGACUACUAACUUUGUAUCCCAAAACUAUUCUGAAAUAAGUGAAUUCAAUAUAUCCCAACAGCCACAGUCACUAGGGUAUAAUAAAAUAAUCUCUCAAUACUCUGAUUCCCAGUUGAUAGUUGAUGGCAUAAGUCAAGAUCAAUCAGUACAUGCUGGGCCUGAACCAAUAGAUAUUGAUGCUCCUCUUCAGAAACUAGAUUAUAAAUCUACUACUGCUUCCUUUAUUGAAGAAGAAAAGUUUGUUCAAAAAUUUGCUUAUGCUACUUUUUCAAGUACUCAUACCAAUAAUAGUACUAAAGAUAAACAAUUACAAUUAGCCAAAAUGCAGCAAAUUAGAGUUUUGACUCUGAAUGAUCAAGAACACCAAGAAUGCACAUUGUAUCGUCUUGAGAAAAACUGGAUUAUACAGUUUAGAGUGGGACCAUCUUUAUUUGGAAGGAAAGUGAAUCUGUAUUGUAAUUAUCCAUCUGCUGAUAAUGGAAAAUUGAAUGAAUUUGAUCGAAAUAAAUAUCAAUAUCAAUUACUAGAGUGGGUUUGGGAUGAGGGGUGUGAAAAUGCAGAUGACACUGCUGCAUAUUCCCAAAUUCAAGUAGAACAUGUUGGAAGUUUCCAUUAUUAUUUCACCUAUAGCAAUGGUGAAAACCAUGACAGACAAGGUUCUGGAUACUUCUUAGUUGAUCCAAUAUUGAAAUAUGGUAACAACGAAGAUCUUCUACUAGAUUGCAUUCAGUGCCAAACUGUGUUAUCAAAAUGCCUAGGUUCAUUUUCAUCAUGGGAGAAAAAGCUACAAGUUACCAAAGAAUCUGGUUACAAUAUGAUACAUUUUACACCAAUUCAGGAAUUGGGCGAAUCAAAUUCGUCAUAUAGUUUAAGUGAACAACUCAGAGUGAAUCCGGUUUUCAAAAAAACGAAUGGUGAACUCCCCACAUUCGAGGAAAUAGAACAAUUUGUUUCAAAACUCAGAAAUGAAUGGAAGAUUGUUUCGAUUUGCGACAUAGUCCUAAACCAUACAGCUAACGAAAGCAAGUGGAUUCAAGUACACCCUGAAGUAACCUACAAUUGUGCAAACUGCCCUUAUAUGCGCCCAGCUUACCUUCUGGAUGCUGCUCUCCACCAAUUCUCUCUUGACGUUAAAAAAGGCUAUUACGAAGACAAGGGUAUACCCCCUGAAUUAAACACAGAAGAACACUUGAACGCCAUACGAUUCCACUUUUCCUCAAGCGUUUUGGAACCUUUGAAUAUCCCACAGCUGUACAUUUGCGAUGUCAACAAAUGUAUCGUCGAGUUUCUUGCAUUGGCUAGGUCUGUGCCACCUGUAACUGCAAAUUCAAGAGAAAUGCCAGAGCAAUUAGAACUCAUACCUGAUCCUGAUUUCAAACGAUUAUCUGCCUCGAUAAAUAUGGAUCUGGCUUUAAAGUUAUACAAUGUGUAUUGGGCCGACACUUUCGACGAAGACAGUAGACUCAAACGUUGUGCUGAAGAACUGAAAAAGAAGCUGGAGUCUCUCAACCAGGCAGUUAUUGAAGAAGUAAACGAACAUUUAAAGGUAGCAGUUGAAAACGUUAUCGCUGGUAUAAGAUACUAUAGAGUUCAAGCCGAUGGUCCUAGAUUCAAAGAAAUAACGACGAAAACCCCUCUAGUGUACCGAUACUUCACAGACCAUGGGUCUCCUAAAUCCCUCGAGGAGCACGAAGAAAUCAUGUACAGCGAUAAAGGUUCGUUUUUGAUGGCCCACAAUGGUUGGGUUAUGAAUUCAGACCCACUCAAGAAUUUCGCCGGGCCUGGCACGACAGUUUACAUUCGGCGGGAACUCAUAGCUUGGGGAGACAGUGUGAAGUUGCGAUAUGGGGACAAACCUGAAGACUGUCCAUUUUUGUGGGACCAUAUGAGGAAAUAUGUUGAGCAGACUGCUAGUAUUUUCGAUGGAGUCCGAUUAGAUAACUGUCAUUCGACGCCCAUACCUGUCGCUGAGUAUUUACUGGAUUGCGCUCGAAGAGUACGUCCUAAUCUGUAUGUUGUAGCCGAAUUGUUCACCAAUUCUGAUAUGACUGAUAAUAUUUUCGUCAAUAGGCUAGGAAUAACCUCCCUGAUCCGCGAAGCGAUGUCGGCUUGGGACUCCCACGAAGAGGGCAGGCUGGUCUACCGGUACGGCGGCCUUCCUGUGGGCUCCUUCCACCAGCCGAGCGUCCGCCCACUGGUACCUUCGAUCGCCCACGCCCUGUUCCUCGACCAGACCCACGACAAUCCCAGCCCGGUCGAGAAGCGCUCGGUGUUCGAUCUGCUGCCCAGCACCGCGCUGGUCAACAUGGCGUGCUGCGCCAGCGGCUCUAAUAGGGGUUACGAUGAGCUCGUUCCGCAUCAUAUCCAUGUCGUGGACGAGGAUAGAGAGUAUACAGAGUGGGGAGACGGAGAAAGCGUCGGAGUUGUUGAUGGAAGGUCUGCCCUGAUAGGGGCCAAGAGAGCUAUCAACGAUUUGCAUUUCGUUUUGGGUAAAGAAGGUUUCAAUCAGGUUUAUGUUGAUCAAAUGGAUACGGAUAUAGUAGCAGUGACUCGACAUUGUCCUGAUACUCACCAAAGCUACAUCUUAGUGGCUUUCACUGCUUUUGGUCACCCCAACGAAGACGCAGGAGAUUAUCAAAGAGACAUCAAACCCCUUCGAUUUGAAGGAGUUCUUGAAGAAAUCGUUUUGGAGGCUACCCUGAGUCACAAACACAAUUAUUCUGGUGGUUCAAAGUUCCAGAAAUGGGAUGAGUUUGUCAGGGAUCCCAAAUGGAUUAAUGGUCUUUCUGACUAUCAGAUCUCUAUAAAGGAGCACAUACCAGUUGCUGAAUCCGACGCUGUGGAAAAAGUUGAUUCUGGUACACAAAAUACGACCCAGCUUAACUUCAAAAAUUUCAAACCUGGAUCCAUCAUAGUUGUGAAAGUAUCCCUUCCUGAACCCAUGAGAAAAGCUAUAAACACUGUGCGUAAUUUAAUCGACAAUUUUUCAUUGACUAGGCAAACUGAACUGUCGGCAAUUAUAAAAAAAUUGACAUUGGCAGAUUUAAAUAGGGCUCUCUACAGAUGUGAUCAGGAAGAAAGGGAUGAAGGAUUCGGUUUUGACACAUAUAACAUCCCUAACUUUGGAUCAAUGGUUUAUGCAGGAUUUCAAGGCAUUAUGUCAUUGUUAUCAAAUAUUAGACCUAAUAAUGACCUGGGACAUCCAAUGUGUGCAAAUUUGAGAGAUGGAAACUGGAUGAUUGAAUAUAUGUGGAAGCGUUUGAAUGCAGAACAGGGAACUAAAGAACUUGGUCUUUGGAUAGAAAAAAACACAUUGUGUUUUAUAGAUAUUCCCAGAUAUUUAGUUCCAUGUUACUUUGAUGCUGUAGUAACUGGUAUUUACAUUCUUCUGGUAGAACAAUGUCAUAAGUUGAUGAACAGUUUUGUUGAAAACGGAUCUACAUUUGUGAGAAGUUUAGCUUUAGGAUCUGUUCAAUGUGGUGCAUAUAUCAAAUCUGCGAACCUGCCAACUUUGUCGCCAAAUUUGAAAGAACCCAAACCUCCUUUGAGAAGAAAUGAAAACGGAGAAGAUGUACAGGCUUGUAUCACAUUAUCUGCAGGAUUACCCCACUUCUCUGUCGGCUACAUGCGAAACUGGGGCAGAGACACCUUCAUCGCUUUGAGAGGGCUCUUCAUCCUGCCCGGUCGCUACCAGGAGGCCAGAGAGCACAUCCUGGGCUACGCGGCCUGCCUGAGACACGGCCUGAUCCCUAAUCUUUUGGACGGCGGCCGCAACUCGAGGUUCAACUGCAGGGACGCCGUCUGGUGGUGGCUGUACUGCGUCAAAGAGUAUGUCGGCGAAGCUCCCAACGGUAUCGCCAUACUUUCUGAUAAGGUGUCGAGGAUAUUUCCCGACGAUGAUUCAUCGGCACAAGAUCCCGGGGUAGUGGAUCAGCCUUUGUGCGAUGUCAUUCAAGAGGCGCUGAGGGUGCAUUUCCAAGGGCUGAUAUUCAGGGAGAGGAAUGCUGGUAGACAGAUCGACGAGCACAUGACUGAUCAAGGGUUCAACAAUCAAAUUGGAAUUCACCCAGAAACAGGUUUCGUAUUUGGUGGUAACCAAUGGAACUGCGGCACCUGGAUGGACAAGAUGGGUUCUUCGGACAAAGCCGGCAACCGUGGUAAACCAGCCACGCCCCGAGAUGGUUCGGCCGUCGAACUAAUAGGUCUCUCUAAAUCGGUCAUCUCUUGGCUUUCUGAACUCAGUGCAGAACAGAAAUACCCCUACAACUGCGUCGAAAGAACUCACAAGAACGGAACAGUGACCACAUGGACCUUCGAGGAAUGGAACGACAAGAUACAGUCCAACUUUGAAAAGUGCUUCUGGGUGAACUCCCAACCGACAGACGGAGAAGUCAGACCGGAUUUGAUAAAUAAACGAGGAAUAUACAAAGACAGUUACGGGGCUAGUCAGGAUUGGACUGAUUUUCAGUUGAGGUGUAAUUUCCCUAUCGCAAUGGUAGCAGCUCCUGAACUGUUCAAUCCUCACCAUGCAUGGGAAGCAUUAUCUCAUGCAGAAAAAUAUUUACUGGGUCCUCUAGGCAUGAAGACUUUAGAUCCAGAAGACUGGGCCUAUAGGGGUGACUAUGACAAUUCGAAUGAUUCAAAUGAUCCAACCAUAGCAAAUGGAUUUAAUUACCAUCAGGGACCGGAAUGGGUGUGGCCAAUGGGUUUCUUCUUGAGGGCAAAAUUGAUUUUUGCCGAACAAAAUGGGGCAUUGAAACAGACAUUAGCAAGCACGAAAUUGAUACUAGCGAAGCAUUUCGCUGAGCUGCAGACUUCCGCUUGGAGGGGGCUUCCAGAACUCACGAAUAGUAACGGAGCGUGUUGUCAUGACAGCUGUAAAACACAAGCAUGGAGUAUGUCCUGCAUUCUAGAGGUUCUUUACGAUUUGCAAAAGAUCGAGUCGAGUGUGAACCUCUCAAGUGACUGACUUGCCUGCAAUUUAGUAAUUAGGAAAAGCAAUGUUAAAAAUAAGUAUCAUGAUAGAGAUGUAUUGAGAAAAAUAGUUGAAAAACCAAAAACUCCUUCCCCUAGAAUAUUCAGGAUUUUGCGUAGACUAAAAAUUCACACUGAAACUGUUCCUUCCAUUGAAGAAACCUUGAGAAUGUCUUGCCCGAGUGAGGAGGCUCAAAAAAUUCCACCAUUUUUAAAUUGUUUGUUUUUGCCAUAUAUUGACAUUUAUAUUAAGCAUAAUCAUACUAUAGAUUGUAGGUUAAUUAAUUUGAACACCUUUGUACAAAGUGAUCGAAAUUUACUCGUAUCUAAGAAUGUUCAGCUUCCCUCUGUCUAUGUGCCUGUUUGUUCCAAAGUAAGUGAUUUUUUUGCAAAUCCUCGUGUUUCAACUAAUGCGGAAAAAAUGGAAAUUUGCUCAGAAAGGAGUUUUUCACCGAUGGUCACACAUGAAAACCUAUCAGCAAAUCACUAUUCACUAGGUAGCAGAAUGAGUUCGAAAAAAAGGAGAGGAACAAAGGUUAAUAUGGACGAAAUUGUCACCGUGAGAGAGGAAAUUUGCAAUUGGGAAAAUGAUGCAACUGAACUAGUAGAAAAUAGGAUGAUGACACAUCCACAAAUUAUUGAAGAGGGUGUAAUUUUACUGGAUCCUCUCCUUUUAGAUCUAAAUUCUAGUAGUAAGCAGAUGACAAUUCAGGCUGAACAUAAACAGAUGGCGAGAAUCACAAUAAUAUAUACACUGGCCUUUUUUGUAUUGGCAAUAAUAACUUUUUUAGUAUUUAUCUUUUUUGAGAUUUCGAUUCGAUUUAGAAGACUGUAUUUCGAGGCCUCUAGUUUUUAGAUAUUUAUUCUGUGUAUUUUAACAGUUCAACAGUUAUAUUUAUAGGUAAUCUGUUGUUUUCUUUAUUGUUGAUUAUUCAUGUUGAAGAUUUUAUCUAUAUUAAAAUAUGUAUUGUGAGUUGCCAAAUUUUAUGAUCUAUGGAAAUAAAGUUACAAGUAGGUAUAUUGAGGAUAGUGUUUUAUCUGAAUUUAUGCAAUAAAAGAACUAAAAACUGAUUUUAAUCUUUAUUGCCGCUAAAUUAUGGUAAGGAAUGUAAGUACUUUUCACUUCUACAGAAAAUCGAAAUGAACCAUUUAGAGCCGAAUAAUUAUUACCAAAAAGGCGCCAUUAGAAAGCUUGAUUGAAAAACAAAAUGACUAGAUAUGUGGAGGAAAAGUGAAUAUUUGCAAUUAAUAAGAAAAAAAAAAUGGAAUACAAUUGAAUCAUUGAAAAUAUAAUAAAUAAUAUGUGUUCAUAAUUGUCUAUAUUUCUCCCUCAAAUAAUAAAAAUAUGGAAUUAUUGGAGGAUAUAAAUUGCUGAUCAAAAGUGGGAUUUAUGAAAUUCAACAACUGAUAUAUUCACCAUUCCCACAUUUUGCUAGAUACGAUUAUGUUCAGAUAACUGAUUAUCCAGUUAUUUCCAGAAUGCCUGAUCAUAUUCCUCGAAACAGUUUUAAUUCAUGCCAUAAAUUUACUUGUGGAAUCAGGAAGGAGAAAAUAGAAUUACAAUGAACUUUUCAUCAGCAUUUUAAAUCCUAAUAUGAUUUCAACAAUACAUCGGAAUGUUUGUUGACCAUGCUACAGGGUCUCCUUCGUAACAUGGUAGUGACCAUUGACAUUUUUUCCUUUUGCCACUCUACUUGUGUUAAUUCAACAACAUUGAAGCAACCGAACGUGUAUUUAUGGUUACAUCACCAACAAAAUAUUUCAAUGGCCACUAAGAUGCAACAAUCAUUUAUUUAUAUACCCCACACAUGCAGUUUGUCCCAAAUUCGACUGUCACUAAAAUUCAUUUAUUUCAUUGACAUUGAAAUAACUUCAAUAGAUCUCUUCGAUCAGGUAUCCUAAUGGUUCCAACACCAUGAAUGUUCCUUAAUUUGGUGCAAAGGCCUGUUCGUUUGUGUUGCCAAAGUUGCUAAAGUUGAUUUUGUUUCCAUAGUUGUCUCAGGGCCGUAAUAAGGCGAGUGAGAUAAUCAACUUCGUUAUUUUGUAACUUCUAUAUGGGAAAUUUUUGGCGAUUUUGUCUACUUUGAUGAGUUCUACAUCAUCUUGAAAAAAAUCCUCAUCUUUGAAAACACAAUACCCUGCAUAAACGAAUUAGAUAUUUCAUCAUCUAUCAAAUCCUUUAUGCCUCCGACCUUAAGCUAUUUUCACUUGUUUAUGAUUAAACUUUAUUGUCCGGAAAUGAUAUUUUCAUUAUGUACAUUUAGUCUCACCAAAAAAUUCAAUGCCUACUUCACCAUCCGAAAACGCCUAUACUAUAUGUCAACAUUGUACAACUUACAAUAUACAGGGAGUCCCGAAAUUAGCCUGUCAAACUUCAACAGCUGCUUCUACGAUCAAAAAUAGGAAGAAAAGUUUCAAUGAACAUGAGAUGAGAAAUGUCUCCUAAGAAAGCUACGGCCCCCUGAAAGGGGGCUCCUGAAGAUGAUAUUUCUUGACUAUUUUCGAAACUCCAAGUGAUAAAAAGAUGCAAUUUGGUACAAGAACUAAACUUCCCAUGCCUAAUGCAGUGAGGAUAAAAUUAUUCCAAAAUUUCACUCAGGAGUGUAUAAUACAUGGUGGGACUACAUUAUAUAUUGCUCAAAAUUUUUUGUAUGCAUAUUUUUAGACAAUUCAAUCUCGGAUUAUGGAAAUCCACACCUCUUUACAGAAAAAAGGUACUCUUGUUCCGUAACGAUCAGAUGUAUCAUUAUCAAAUACAUGCAUAACAUUGCAAUGAGUCGUAGUGGAAAUGAAAAAAAAAUGCACAUAAAUUGAAGUAGUUUUUUAAUCAUCAUUUUCCUAUUUUUCGCGCUUUCAUGAGAUUGUUUGGUGAAAAGAAUGAUAUGAAAAUUGGCAAUGUUAAGCAUAAGAUACAAGUGUAUCAAUAUUUUUAAAUCGAUUUAACUUGAAAAUGAUACAUCUGACCAAUGCGGACCAAGAGCAUUUUUUUUGUGAAAUGGUGUGGAUUUUCAUAAUCUGAGAUUGAAUUGUUGAAAAAUGUGCACACAAAAAAGUUCGAACAAUAUUGUAUUAUACACUCCUGAAUGAAACUUUGCAAUGAUUUUAUGUUCACCGCAUUGGGCAUGGAAAGUUUAGAUUUUGUACCAAAUUACAUCAUUUCAUCACGUGGCGUUUCGGAAAUAUUCAAGAAAUUUCAUCUUCAGGAGCCCCUUUUCAGAGGGCCAUAGGAGACAUUUCUCGACUCAUGUGCAUUGUAACUUUUAUUCCUAGUUUUGGUCGUAGAAGCCGCUGGUGAAAUUUGGCAGGAAAAUUUCGGGACACCCAUGAGUAAGCUUCUCAUUACCUAUUGAGUAAAAUGAAGUCAUCACCAUUUUCACUUAAAUAGUUCAGCUAAUGAAAAAAAUAAUGUAAUUUUUCUAGGACUACUUCUGUGAACUGUAAGUGGCCUAAUAUCAAUAAUGAAAUUAUUGUAAUUGUACAAUUAUCAAUGUUGUAAUAACAUAUUUCUACGAGUUAAACGGUUUUGAAUACCACUUUGAGAACCCAACUCCAAGUGAAUCUGGCGAGGAUCGAAUUUGAGACAUGUAGGGUGUGUCUCAAUUAAAUUAAAUAAAUUCACUAGGCCUUUACUUGGACUCAAAAUAGAUCACAUCAAAACACCCUGAACAGAGACAUCUUCUUCACAACUCAAACGUCAUCGAAGAUGCCUCUGGGUGCGCCGCCUACCCUACUCCUAUAGUUAUUGUCCAAUUGAUAGCUGUCCGAGAACCUGGGUUCCAAAUCGGAGGAGUCGUACCGCUCGUUGAUUCUCGUGCUGGCCCCGAAUCGGGAUUCGAUGUCGUCUUGUUCGGGAGGGAACCGGGUAUCCACGUCCGAGGAGAACCUCGUGCCGCUAUAGGACUCCAGCCCGUGGGAAUCCCUGAGGACCGAGCGGGUGUUGUCCAAGGUAUCCAUUUGACGAACUAUAAAUCAAUUUGUCAUAAUUAUCGCAAGGAAUCUUCGCAUGAAC